UUUCCCAAGUUGCCUGAAUCAAACCCUGCAAUGUCUCCCUCCCGGACACGCCUCUACUCCUCAACGGAACCCUUUUUGAAUUACUUUUGAUUUUCUCUUCCUCAGACCCGUGACAACAUUCUUAGCCCUCCCUCUAUAUAUACUUCGCUUCUUCGGUUUGUUGUUCUUUUCAAACUUCGUUUCAAUUCCUCUGCAGAGAAAAAAGAACAAAAUCUCUGCAACCAUGCUAGUUUACCAGGAUCUUCUCACAGGUGAUGAGCUUCUCUCAGAUUCGUUCCCAUACAAGGAAAUUGAGAAUGGGAUACUGUGGGAAGUGGAAGGAAAGUGGGUUGUUCAAGGAGCAGUCGAUGUAGACAUUGGGGCAAACCCUUCUGCAGAAGGUGGAGAUGAGGAUGAAGGUGUUGAUGAUCAAGUUGCCAAGGUUGUUGACAUCGUGGAUACCUUUAGGCUUCAGGAACAACCUCCUUUUGACAAGAAGCAGUUUGUCACAUUCAUGAAGAGAUACAUCAAGAACCUGGCAGCCAAAUUGGAUCCAGAGAACCAAGUGUUGUUUAAGAAGCACAUUGAGGGAGCGACCAAGUACCUCCUUUCAAAGAUCAGUGACCUCCAAUUUUUUGUCGGGGAAAGCAUGCAUGAUGAUGGCAGCUUGGUUUUUGCAUAUUACAAGGAAGGUGCCACUGAUCCGACCUUUAUCUACAUUGCCCAUGGGUUGAAGGAAGUCAAGUGUUAAACAUUGGCCUACCAAAACAAGCUAUGAUCUUGUCUAUUUUUCUCCUUUUCAGUGGAGUAUAAUCUGAGUUUUGGCUUUUUCAGUGUUAUUAUUAUUACGUGUUUUUCUGCUUGUGACAUUACGAGGAUUUAUAAAUACCUUUUGAGGAACAA